AUGGCUCCACAACCACAAAAGACCCCAUCUCAACACAAUUCCACUUUAUUCAUCUCACCUAUGGUGAAUAAUAGGAGGAAUGAUGUAUUUAUAACACCACCUAAUCCCAAUGCCACUAUAUUUGAUAGUCCUGGAGGUAAUAAUACUACACUGUUUUUCAAUAUCGAUAGAAGUACUAGAGAAAGUGGGAAAAAGAAUCAACCCCUUUCACAAGCUGAAAAAUUAAGAUUAUGGAGACAUGAUGCUUUAAUGCAACAUCAAUAUCAUACAGCUGAAUUCAUUGGUGAUAAGGUAUUGGCUUUAACUAACGAUCCUAAUGAUGCAUUUUGGUUAGCUCAAGUUUAUUUUAGUAGCAGGAACUACUUACGGGCCAAACAUUUACUUACAUCCAAACCAGAAUUCGAAAAAUCUGUUAGUUGUCGAUAUCUUGCCGCUCUAUGUUUGAUCAAAUUGGAACUAUGGGAUGAUGCGUUGGACUUGAUUGGUGAGACUAAUCCUUUCAGAAGAGAUGAAUUAUAUCAAGUGAAGAAUGUAGAUGGAGGAAUUAAACUAGAAAGUUCUAUGUGUUAUUUAAGAGGGUUGAUCUAUGCCAACCAGAAUAAUUUUGAAAAGGCUAAAGAAGCUUAUAAAGAAGCGGUGUUGGUAGAUGUAAAAUGUUUUGAAGCUUUUAAUGAAUUAAUAACCAAUAAUCUCAUGACCCCCAGUGAAGAAUGGGAUUUCAUAUCACAACUAAAUUAUCGUGAUGCUGAUGAUAAUGAUGAGUUAAUCAAAUUAUUAUAUUCUUCUAGAUUGAGUAAAUACUUUAAUGUUUCCAAAUUUGAUGAAGCAGAGUCAAUUUUAUCCACAGAAUAUGAUUUGGGAGAGAACAUUGAUAUCUUGUUAGCUAAGGCGGAUUAUCUAUACGUUCAAUGUAAUUUUGAUGAAUGUUUAAAUAUUUGUGAAAAAAUCUUAACCAAAGAUAAAUAUAACUUCAAUAUCUUACCAAAUUAUCUUAGUUGUUUACAUGAACUUGGGGGUAAGAAUAAGCUUUUCUUAAAAUCUCAUCAAUUGGCAGAGAAUCAUCCUAAUGAUCCUAUGACUUGGUUAGCCAUAGGAAUCUAUUAUUUAUCUAUUAAUAAAAUAGUCGAAGCUAGAAAGUUUUUCAGUAAAGCCACAUUAUUGAACCCUAACUUUGGUCAAGCUUGGAUCGGAUUUGCUCAUACAUUUGCUGCUGAAGGUGAACAUGAACAAGCUAUAAGUGCAUAUGCGUUUGCUGCUAGGUUGUUUCCUGGUACUCAUUUACCUAAUUUGUUCUUAGGAAUGCAACACCUUUUGAUGGAUAAUUUGAAUCUUGCUGAAGAAUACCUUAGUGCAUCAUAUCAAAUCUGUAAUACCGAUCCGCUAUUAUUGAACGAACUAGGAGUUAUAAGUUUCCAUAGAAACGAAUUAUCAAGAGCUGAAGCUUUUUUCAAAGAAGCUUUAGGAGCAUCAAAGAAUUUAAAUUCAGACUCCAAAACUUGGGUAUCUAUUCAUGCUAACUUAGGCCAUGUUUAUAGGAAAUCCAAUGAACCUCAGAAAGCUUUAGAAUGUUUUAAUCAAGUCUUGAAGAUAAGUAAUAAGAAUGACUCAAAUCUAUUAUCAUCGAUUGGUUUGAUUUAUUUGAAGCUUGGAAAUUAUUUCAAAGCCAUAACGAUUUUACAUGAAGCUUUAGCUAUCAAUCCAUCGGAUCCUGUGGCCAAUGAUUUAUUGAAAAGAGCCCUCGACUGUAAUCAGAAUUCUACCCAUGAUUUCUUUCAAUCCACAAAAAAAAUUCAAUUGAUCAAUGCCAGUAGUCCUAAUCAAAAAAACGACGAUAUCAAUAUCUUAGCUCAAAACUUACAGAUGGGUCAAGCUUCAAGUGAUGAAGAUGAAGUUAUGGAUAUAGAGAGUGAGUAG